CUCGCUGCCAGCCAUAUCCUCACUCCGCACAGGCUUCCUAUCUAUGUCGCGCGUGGUCAGCCAUUGCGGUCAUCGCACUGUCAGCCAGCCGUCCACGCAGUCAGCCACACCUCGCCUGGCAUUGGCUUGUCCGCAUGGUGAAAAGCGACUGCGAACUCCUCGGGGCAUUGCCAUUGCAAGCCAUGGCGUACUACAAGGACCUCUUUCGAGAAUGGGCAGCCCACCAGGCGCUGCGUCGCCCGUCGACGAAGCAGAGCGAGCCGGCCUUCUACCGCCGGCUGGAGCAGGCUCUAGAUGUCCACCGUGAGAAUGGCAACCUCGCCAUCCUCAAGCCGCGCUGGGACGACAGCGUCAUCGACUUCACCUCGAGCGACUUUCUGUCGCUCAGCCGCUCGGGCCGCAUCCGCAACGCCUUCCUGCAGGAGCUUGCCAGCCUGGGCAACGACUGGCGUCUCAGUGCCUCGGGAUCCCGCACCCAGUACGGCAACUAUGACUAUCUGCGACAAGUCGAGGCCGAGAUAGCCGCGUUCCAUGGCGCCGAGACGGCCUGGGUAUGCCACUCAGGCUUCUUCGCCAACAUCAGUGUGCUCGAGGCCGUGGCGCUGCCGGGCGACGCAAUUGUGUGGGAUGAGCUGUCCCACGCAAGCACCGUCGUUGGCCUUCGAGUCACCGUGGCCGCGCACAAGCUUCCGUUCCAGCACAACAAUCCAGACGCUUUGCGCGAAGUCCUGACCCGUCUCAAGACCGAAGACCCCGCUUUUGCAAGGGGUGACAGGUCGGUGUUGAUCUGUGUCGAGUCCAUCUACAGCAUGGAGGGCGACAUGUGCCCGCUCAGAGAGAUGGUGGCGGUUGCCAAAGACAUGUUCCCGACCGGAAAUGCCCAGUUUGUCAUUGAUGAAGCCCACAGUAAUGGGAUCAUAGGCCCGAAUGGCGCCGGUUUGGUUCAGGUGCUCGGGUUGGAGAAGGACAUUGCUAUACGUGUCCACAUGUGCAGCAAAGCUUUGGCUUCGACGGGUGGCGUGAUCCUUUGCAACAAGACAGUGCGCGCUGCUCUCACCCAAUUCUCCCGAUGUUUAACAUAUAGUGGCGCACCUUCUGUUCCCAUGGUCGCCUCUAUUCGGGCUGCUUAUCAGAUGCUAGGUAGUGGUCAGGCAGCAAAUGAGCAAGCCCAGCUCCAAGCCAAUGUGAAGUACUUUUUCCAGGCGCUACUAGAAGACCCUGACUGGGAAGAGGCCUUGGAUGAAGGCCUCUUAUCCGUUCCGCUCGCAGAAGAAUGGGAGGAACGCUCUGUCCAGUCGCACGUCAUACCCAUCAAAGUACGCCCCGGGCACGAGUCCUCUCUGUUCGUACAUCUGCUAAUCGCCAACAUCAACGCGUAUCCCAUCUCUUACCCGACCGUACCCAGAGGAACAGCCCUGAUUCGACUUGUAUUCCAUGCGCAUAACACGAGGGCUGAGAUUGAUUACUUGCUCAAGACCAUAGGGGCCUGGGUCGUCGAAAUGCUAUCUAUUGAGCGUGGCGAGUCGAGCAAUACAGUUCCCGCUGCUCAGCGUCAAUUCCUGGCUUUGCAGGCGAAUGGCUGGAAGUAACCUGUUCUCUGUUGGUUCAUGGAGUAUCCACUUCAUACAACGCGUCCAACCAAACGUAGACCGUAACGUAUAGGACAAAAUAGGCUCGUAACUUCUCAAAUUAUUACUACGUUCGUACUCUAACUAUGAAGGAGUUAGCUAUUACUGUUCGUAAACGUAACGGUUCACUUUACCUCUACUUUUUAACUUUUCGGCUCAGAUUAUGUAACGAUUCUACGAAUCGUUCCAUCUCGGGUCGCUCGGAUCCUAUCCGAAGGGUCCCCGUAUCGGCCCCAACCAUGACUCGACCUAGUCCCCCGCAGUUGCCCCUAUUCCCUCAUGUAUUUAGUCGCACCUUGCCCCUGUAGCUAGCUCAGUAGUUUUCUAAUAUCCUACGUACAAGGCCUA